AUGUCUGCUACAUCAAUCAAUGUUAUACUUCUCCUUACAUCAGAUGCAGUUCCAACUAUACAUCUGCAGUCAGCUGACGAUAAAACUACUACUAUCAUUAGGCCUACACCACCUAGUCAUGCAAGUCAACCUGAGCAAGAAGAGACUCCGAUAUCUCCUCCUCCUGUGGUUCCAUCUGAUGAGGGCUGUCCUAUCCAGUCAGUUGAUGAUGGUGCAACUCCAGCCCCACCAAGAGAUAAUCCAGAACCAUCAACAAGUCAAUAUGAGCCCAGCUGCAGGUGUGCCUACAAAAAGAGGGAACAUCACCGACUGCUUGCUGAGGCUGAACAGGAUUUCGAAGACAGAGAAUCUGCAGCCCGUGCACUUCUCGAUUUGUCUGGAAUUGAACCUCUCGAGUUGAGUGAUGCAAUUUGUUCAAAUGCAGAUAAAAAAAUCCAAACUCUGAAGUGGAUUCCGAAGUGCCAAAACUGCAGGAAAAAGAGACGCUACAGGUCCAUCAAAAUACAGUGUGGCAAAUCAAGUUGGACCAAAUCUGCCAGAAAAGUUGCCACCAAAAUGGACAUCAGUGAUGAGAGUGAUGACUUCUCAGAGAGUGAUGAUGACUUCUCUGAUGAUGAUUUUCCUGAGAUGGAUAUUGACGACCAUGAUUAUGUCCCACCUGAUGAGGGAUUCAGUGACAAAGACUGUCAGUUUGAUGAGAUGAAGUUAGACGAGGAAGAACCUUUUCAUAAGAGAAGGAAAUAUGUCGUCUUCACAUUGUUAGCCAUGGAACCAAUCGUUGUUAUAGACAGGUAAAUUCCAUAAUCACCAGGGUUUAUCCUUUUAUAACUGAUGACCUAUUCCUUUGCCAUCUUACAAAUAACUUCAAUAAAUUAAUUCAGGUGAGAGGCACCCUUCUGACAGUAAAGACAGUUUGUGACAGCUGUGGUGAAAAAGGUGAAUGGCGAAGUCACCCAUCUGUCAGGCAAAUGCCAGUCCUCAACAUUCUUCUCAGUGCAGUAAUAUUAUUCACCGGCUCUAUGCCAACUAAAGUACUGCGACUAUUUCAGUAGGUUCUAACUAAUGACUUAUGUAUAGUAUUUGUUUGUAUCAGGAUUGUUAUGCACAAAAUACUUCAGAAGUAGUUGUAUAAGUAUUCUAAUGAUGAUUGUUGUUUUCUUUCCAGUUUCCUAAACAUACAGUGCUUUUCAAUUCGUUCAUUUUUUUAUCAUCAGUCUCUUUACCUACAUGAUGUUGUUUUUGAUACCUGGAAA